CUCCCCCUCGCGGGCUCCACGGAACCGCAUUGGCAUCAGUCAAGGCACCUGAAACCCGACAACCAUCUCCUGGAAGCGCUGCCCGUCGCCUUACAACCCGAAAGAAAACGAUAUCACAGGCCCCGCGGAAACCUGUGGCUCGCCUUUCUUCGUGCGUAAAGCGUUUGCGCACAACGCCGAACUGCCUCAGAGGCUCGCAGAGCGGUGCGCUUACUCGUCGAGCAUCAGAGCGCAGUGCCAAGAUGCAGAGCCGGAGCAGCGACGUCUGAAGGUGACAUGAACCCGGGGAUAGUCAAGAGCAGCAGGCGCACGUUGAACAAGAAGUGGAGAUAGCAACUGAAAAAAACCCGUCGGUGUCUUAAAAACCUGAGUUUUGCCUCUUGGCUUAAUAUCUAAUGCGGAGAACCAAGAGCUGUCGUCCAAAGUAGCCUCACGUUCGCACCGACUGGAGAAAGAAAAACACGCAAAUUAAGCUGCAGAAAGUUGCGCUUCGGAAGAAGAGCGAAAAAAAUGGCGACGUUAAUCAGAAGCAAGCUUUCGAAUAAACUGUCCAAUGCGGCCACGACUGUCUCCAACAAAUCCCAGGCGAAGGUGAGCGGGAUGUUCGCCCGGAUGGGGUUCCAGGCCGCCACCAACGAGGAGGCGCUGGGCUUCGUUGCCUGCGACGACCUGGACUACGACCACCGGCAAGGCAUGCAGAUGGACAUUUUGACGAGCGACGAGAUGGGAGGCGAGGGGAGCGGGGAGGGCGGCGGCGGAGUGGACGGGGACAGCCACUACCAGAGGGACGGCACCGGCCCGCCGCGCUCGGCCUCCAAAGACGGCGAUCCGGCGAACGAGUUGACUGAAGCCAGACCAAAAAUCACCGCGUGGGAGGCGGGCUGGAACGUCACGAACGCGAUCCAGGGGAUGUUUGUUCUUGGGUUGCCCUACGCCAUCCUUCACGGAGGAUACCUCGGACUUUUUCUCAUUAUUUUUGCCGCCGUUGUGUGCUGUUACACGGGGAAAAUCCUCAUUGCCUGUCUGUACGAGGAGGACGAAGACGGACAGCUCGUCCGUGUGCGGGACUCCUAUGUGGACAUUGCCAACGCCUGCUGCGCACCCAGAUUCCCAGCUUUAGGCGGCCAUAUCGUGAAUGUAGCCCAAAUCAUAGAGCUAGUGAUGACUUGCAUCUUGUAUGUGGUGGUCAGUGGUAACCUCAUGUAUAACAGCUUCCCCAACAUGCCAAUAUCCCAGAAGUCGUGGGCCAUCAUCGCCACCGCAGCUCUCCUCCCAUGCGCCUUCCUCAAGAACCUGAAAUCCGUCUCCAAGUUCAGCUUGCUGUGCACGAUGGCCCACUUUGUCAUCAACGUGCUGGUGAUCGCCUACUGCCUCUCCAGGGCACGGGACUGGGCGUGGGACAAGGUCAAGUUUUACAUCGACGUCAAGAAGUUCCCCAUCUCCAUUGGGAUUAUUGUGUUCAGCUACACCUCGCAGAUCUUCUUACCGUCCCUGGAGGGGAACAUGUCGAAGCCAAGCGAGUUCCACUGCAUGAUGAACUGGACUCACAUCGCUGCCUGCAUCCUCAAGGGCCUGUUCGCCCUCGUGGCCUAUUUAACCUGGGCUGAUACGACCAAGGAGGUCAUCACAGACAACCUGCCUUCGACCAUCAGAGCUGUCGUCAACCUCUUUCUCGUGUCCAAAGCCUUGCUGUCAUAUCCACUGCCGUUUUUUGCCGCUGUCGAGGUAUUGGAGAAGUCGUUUUUCCAGGACGGGGGACGCGCGAUCUUCCCAGAUUGUUACGCGGGCGACGGACGCCUUAAAUCCUGGGGACUCAGUCUCCGAUGCCUCCUCGUUGUGUUCACCUUGCUCAUGGCGAUCUAUGUGCCACAUUUCGCUCUCCUUAUGGGCCUCACCGGCAGCCUGACAGGCGCCGGCCUGUGCUUUCUGCUCCCCAGUCUCUUCCACCUCAGGCUUCUAUGGCGAAAGCUGCUAUGGCACCAGGUGUUCUUUGACGUCGCCAUAUUUGUAAUAGGAGGUAUAUGCAGCAUAUCUGGUUUCAUCCACUCAAUGGAAGGUCUGAUAGAGGCCUUUAAGUAUAACAUACACGAGUAGAUGCAUUGCUGGAAGUAGAUGUAAAAACUGCUAAUUUAGUGAGAGAGAAAAAAAAGAAGACAAGAAAACACACGAUUUACCGGCAAGCGCAGCCCCACUGCUUAGUUCAUGCGUAAAACGCGCGCUCGCAAACACGCGCGGACAUGUCUGCGUUCAUACAGUCUUGCAUCAAUUCACACGCGCACACACACACACGCACACACACAUAAGUAGAGUCCGUGGCAGUGAUGGAAUCGAAUGCAUCCACAACACUAUAUGGACAAUACAUGUUGUAUAAAUAUGCGAACAAACGUACAUAUACAUAUUUUCCAGUGGAGUGAACGUUUACAAUAUGGACCUUAAAGAAUAUUGCAAAAAGGGCAGUGUGUCUCGUCGUCGCUCUCGUGGUGGGUUCCCCACGCGAGACUUCACUUCAUGUAACGCUAGAUUUUGUGAUGGACGGACUUUCGACCGCAUAAUGUGAUUUAAGUUUAAAAGAAGUAAAAAUGUCCCUUUCUUCUUUAGGUAAUUUGCAACGUCAUUGCGGGCAGUGAAUGUGGUGAUAAAUCUAUAAAUAGCCCGUGAGACGGAAAAAUAACAGAAUGGCAAUAAAGAGGAUUAAAUCACACGGAUGCGUAGAAAUAGGUUAGAAAUGAGGACAUUGGACCUUCCCCGAGCAGAAUAUCCAAGUAAACAGCAGCUAUUAUACAAACUAUGCAUUGAAUGUAUGACAUUUUAGAUACACAAAAAAAUAUUAAACUGGGAAGUGGAAAUUCAAAAUCCUGCAAAUUUCGAUUCAGUUAUGCGUUGAUAUUUUUUUCUCCAAUAUUUGAGGAUCAUUUUGAGCUUUUCAAAUCGGCAAAACCAAAAUUCACCAGACCUGAGAUACACAUUAAACCUCCGGCCCGAAUCUCAGCUGAUUAAAAACAUGCAGAUUCAAUUUACCAUAUUUUUUGUGUCCUUGCAUUUGAAAACAUAGCUGAAAUUGAUUGGAAUAGUCCGGUCUAGAAAAUUCGGUGUCUUAAAUCAAAAAGAAAAAAAAUAGAUCUUUAAAGAGGAAAUUGUGCAUACAGACAUUUUUCAUUCUGUGCAAUCCAAUGGGUCCUGUUGAAAUGUUAUAAAACAGUAUGUGUAGUGUGUUAUUGUGGUUUCAAAAAGAUGGAAUGUAUAUCUCAAAGUUGUUAUCAUAUAUCGUGAAAUUAAUAUUAAAUAAAGAAAUAAGUGAAAUUAUAUUGUAAAAAUGUGUGUGGUUUUAUGUAAAACGAAAAACGUUCAGAACAUGUAUUUUUUUCUCUAUAAUAAAAGACAGAAAAUUG